GAAAGGAACAACAGGAGACCCCGGUCAGAGGGGACUGGGAGGUCACCAAGGCCAGCCAGGACUAUCAGGGCAGACUGGCCCGCCUGGGCCUCGAGGACAGAGCGGGGACGUUGGCCCUCUUGGGCCACCUGGACUAGAGGGGAGACCUGUAUGUACCCCACCAGUACACUCACCAGUACCCCACCAGUACAUUGACCAUGCUUGGUCACCAACAACUACCCAACAUGUCACUUUUCAACAACAAUCGUUAACUGUUCCAUCAAUGUCUAUGCCGUCUGUAUUAAUUGACUCAUACGUUUUGCAUGAUGCCAUCAAUCAUGUCACAUUUCCACAGGGAAGGGAGAUGUCCAAGCAAAUCAUUCAGGAAAUAUGCAGAGAGGUACUUAGAUGUGAGUAUUGAUUAUGUUUGAUCAUUGCUGUACUCUGUAGAGUACACAUUAUCUGAGCCUUCUCCAUUGUGUUUUCAUCCCAGUGGAGAUGCCUUCGCUACUCCUCAGUAACCAGCAGCUGAGUAACUGUGACCACUGCCAGACCAGGGAUGGGACUUCGGGGGCACCAGGCCCGGUUGGGCCCAAGGGAUCUACAGGCUUUCCUGGGAACCCUGGUUCCAGUGGACAGCCGGGCCAUCCAGGUCGACCUGGGCAUCCUGGGAUGCUUGGCUUGAAAGGUAAUAAAUAGGCUUUAGGACUAAUUUCAUCUGUGCAGUAUGUACAGGUAAACAGUAGAAUGUACUGCCUCUAGUGGUGGUGUUACAGCACUGCCUCUAGUGGUGGUGUUGCAGGAGAGAGGAGUAAUUGAGAUCUUCUCCAGGACACUGUACCAGUAAAAUGUAAACAAAGGCCUAGCUUUUUCCUGUAGUCAAGUUAAAUGUAAAAAUAGAUUUGUACUGUCUGGAACACAUUGCAUUCUAUUUGUCUGUCUGGAACACAUUGCAUUCUAUUUGUCUGUCUGGAACACAUUGCAUUCUAUUUGUCUGUCUGGAACACAUUGCAUUCUAUUUGUUCUGUCUGGAACGCAUUGCAUUCUAUUUGUCUGUCUGGAACACAUUGCAUUCUAUUUGUUCUGUCUGGAACACAUUGCAUUCUAUUUGUCUGUCUGGAACACAUUGCAUUCUAUUUGUUCAGUCUGGAACACAUUGCAUUCUAUUUGUCUGUCUGGAACACAUUGCAUUCUAUUUGUACUGUCUGGAACACACUGCAUUCUAUUUGUGUUUUCAGGAGAUCCAGGAUUAAAGGGUGAGAAGGGGAGUCAAGGAAGAACAGAGAUUGGAGAUCCGGGAACACCAGGGCCUCCAGGUAAUAAUAGGAAUAUAAAACAUGUUUACUAUGUAUGGUACGCUACUGUACAUCUAAUCUGAGUGUACAAAACAUUAUGAACACCUAGUCUUUCCAUGACAUAUGAUCCCUUAUUGAUGUCACCUGUUAAAUCCACUUCAAUCAGUGUAGAUGAAGGGGAGGAGACCAGUUAAAGAAGGGUUUUUAAGCCUUGAGACAAUUGAGACAUGGAUUGUGUAUGUGUGCCAUUCAGAGGGUGAAUGGGCAAGACAAAAUAUGUGAGUGCCUUUGAACGGUAUGGUAGUAGGUGCCAGGCACACCGAUUUGUGUCAAGAACUGCAACGUUGCUGGGUUUUUCACGCUCAACUGUUUCCCAUGUGUAUCAAGAAUGGUCCACCACCCAAAGGACAUCCAACCAACUUGACACAACUGUGGGAAGCAAUGGAAUCAACAGCUUUCGACACCUUGUAGAGUCCAUACCCCAACAAAUGUAGGCUGUUCUGAGGGCAAAAGGAGGGGUGCAAAUCAAUAUUAGGAAGGUGUUCUUCAUGUUUUGUACACUCAGUGUAACUAUGUCUAUUCAGUUAUUUAGUCAAUAUAGAAAUGGAAUCAGGAAAAUGUUCUUAAGAUUGAUGCAUCUGGGUCACAGCACAGUAAUCCAAUCAUGUCCUCAGUCCAAGCUGUUUGAGAAUACUUUCUGGGAUUCAUUUCAGAACUAUUGCAACCAUUUUUCCCUCUUCUGCAGAUAAACACAUUGUAAGCCUUUUGGGACCUUAGCUACCCCUUUUCAAUCAAAAGUGAUCAAAUAACAGGAUUAGGAAUUGUUGGCAAACCAGUAGGACAUGUUUUGGAACCACAAGAGAUACACCUCAUUUGUAAUUGUCUACUUUCCCAGGUCCGAUGGGUCCCCAGGGGUAUAGUAAACCAGGUCAUCCAGGGAAGCCAGGACCCCCUGGCUUAAACGGGGAGGAGGGGAAGAGAGGUAACCCUGGGGUCCCGGGCCAGCCGGGGGUGUGUCAUCUAUCCAUGUGUUACGGUGUCAUGAUGAGGAGCAGGGAUCCUUUCAGUAAAGGACCAAACUAUUGACCCAACAUGGCAGCAGGCAGGCAAUCAAACAGUCUGGAGUUGAUGCGUAAAUCUCAAAGAAAAACAGCAAAUCUUUCCAAUCUCAGGAAGAUCACAUUUUACAGUGUUUCCCAUCAGUCACGGAAACAGGAAGUACCUCUUAACAUGUAUAUAGCAAAGAUACCCAUGUGCAUCCUUUCAUGACCUUUCUCAAGCCCCGUUUAUACCUGGUUCUAACCUGGUCAUUUGUCCUGAUCUUCUCCACAUUCUGAUAGCGGCCACAGUUUUAGACAGGUGUAGACAUUUAUAAGAUGCAUUGUGAUCUGAUUGUGAUCGGAUCUUCCUGACCACCUCCUUAGGUAGUCAGGCACACAUUGGGUUUGGAUAUACAGUGGGGGAAAAAAGUAUUUAGUCAGCCACCA